UGGCCCACCUCCCAUAUGUGCGCCAGAAAUCAAAACAACCAAUGCAAGCCGGCCCAAAAGAAGCGUGUUUUUGUAAAAGAAAAACUAAGAAAUAAUAGAAAUAGUGUUGUGCGUGUGCUGUGCUAAUACCACUAUCGCGAUGGCCACGAACGGAAUAAAUGAAACACGCACUUCAAUCACCUGCGAAAACAUUCCGGAACUGUUUCUGGACAAGCUGGUCGCAAAGUCGCACUUUAGCCGGUUUGGCAAAAUCAAGCGCUUCAUACUGCGGCCCAGCCGGCAUGCUUGUACGGUUGAGUAUGAGGAUCCGGAGUCGGCACUGAAGGCCCUGGAACGGGGUGGCGAGUACAAGAACCAGACGUUCAGCAUCACUUGGACGGACCUGAAACCUGCAUCGUUCGGCGACAACGGGAAAGUAGGCGCAUCGCCCAUCGAUUUGGAGGUGCAGAUGGAGCUGGAAGCAAUCGACCAUACGCGUGGUGCACCUUCGCAAAAUGUGUUGGCGUUUUACAAAAAUGCAGAACGUCCCGCGCUCGUCACCGCCAACAACCGUCCAUCCCUUCCUAAACCCGCAUUACCUCCCGCCGUGCGUACCGAGGUAGAUCCGAAAAUUAAACAAGCGCGUGCUGAGCUCGAAACGUUAGCCCGCAAGCCAGCGUUUUCGGCGGAAGAACGGUGCCGAGUGCUGGAGGCCAAGGAUCGCUACAUUCGGCUCACAACGGAACGCACGACCGACAUUAAGAAGGCGAAAAACAUCGAGGGAACGUGCCCGGACAUGUGUCCGGAAAAGGAGCGCUAUUUGCGUGAGUGGAAGUGUAUGGUGCCGUCGUACGAAAAGCAGCUCGGCGGUGGCAGUCAGAUCGAUCACGUGAAAGCCAUCAAACAGUACUCUCGCAGUUCGGCCGAUCAGGAACUUCCCUUGCCGCACGAGCUGCGAUCGCAACACGCUUUGGGGCGUACGAUGCACUUUUUGCUUACGAAUCUGGCAGAUGUGUGUGACGAUGAGGAAGCUGAGGGUGGGGGCAAUGUAAGCGAUUGGUUCCACUACAUCUGGGACCGGACGCGCGGAAUCCGGAAAGACAUUACGCAGCAAGAUCUUUGCUCACCGACCGUUGUGGAGCUGGUGGAGCAGUGUACUCGCUUCCACAUACAUUGUGCGGCCCGUCUCGUUUCCGAGGAUCCUUCCGUGUUUGAUCAGAAAAUCAACACCGAAAACAUGACGAAAUGUCUGCAGACGCUGAAGUAUAUGUAUACCGAUCUUGCCCAACGCGGACAGCGCUGCCCAUCGGAAGCGGAGUUCCGAGCGUAUAUGGUGCUGCUGUAUCUGAACGAUGGCAACUUCCUGUGGGAGCUGCGGCAGCUGCCGGAGGCAAUCAUCCACUCGAACGAAAUCCAGUUUGCGCUCUCGGUGUACUUCGCGCUGGAGGAAAACAAUUUCGUGCGAUUUUUCCAGCUCGUUCGCUCGACCACCUACAUGAACGCGUGCAUCUUGCUCCGGUACUUCACCCAGGUCCGACAGAAAGCGAUCGACAUCCUGCGGAAAGCGUACGCGGUCCGUUCGACGGCUACCUUCUCGCUGGAGUACAUGACGAGCAUCCUUGGCUUCGAGGACCAGGAAGAGGCGGACGCUUUCUUCGAUCAUUACGGAAUUGUGGUGGACGAAACGACCGAUAUGGUGAUCUUUGAGCCGCGGCAGUUGAAUUUCUACAAACCGGAUGUUCCUUUUCGCACGACCCGUGCGGUGAAGCUGGUUGAGAGCAAACGCACCGUAUCGAUCGGUGAAGCCAUCUGUGGACGUCCUCUAGAGGAGUUCGAAAAACAGCUCUCAGCGGUACAGCGUCCAAUGGACAGUUUCGAUGCGAACGGAUGCCUGAAAGAGCAGGUGCUGGAGAAGGUGUUUGUGGACCGAAAAGAAACCGAGGAGAAUGCAACACCGCCACCGAAACCUUUCCUUAAAGACGCACAACCUUCUGCUCAUUCGAUCGAGGAAGACAAGGUAGACAGCUCGACGUUCAACGCACCACGCGAUGAAACAAUGUCGGACGAUAGAAUCUUCAAAGUGCCUUCACCCACAAUCGUUGUGCCGCGGGUUUCUCCUCGAGCACGGACACCUCCAACGAAGCCCGUUCCCCCAUCGCCAUUUGCCGUGGAACCACCCGUGUUUGGAACGAGCGAACCCAAACCGCCCGCUGCAGAAACGUCCAUCUUCAAAAUAGCGACAGCACCACCACCAGCAUUUCCCGCAUUUCCCGCCACCGGUUUUGGAAAAAGUAUUUUCGGAAAUGUUAAUCCUCCCUCGACAACACCCACCGCUGAUGGGGCUAAUUUGUUCAGCACGCUUUCAUCCAAUUCAGCUUUGUCCGGGGGUAGCAUUUUUAGUCAAACUACUGCCAGUAAGCCAACGGUCGCAAGUAAAAGCAACAUAUUCGAUCAACCCAGCAACACCACGCUACAGUUCGCCAGUCCACCGACGAUAGUCCCCACCGGACAAACGUUCUUCCAAGCGGCCAAGGAAACGUCGUUAUUAAAACCACAAACACCAUCAGCUGCAUCAUCGUCGUCGGCGUCCUUGUUUCAGCCUAAACUUGGAGGAUUCUCCCAAUCACCAUCGCCAUUCGGUGGCGAAUCGUUAUCCAGCGCCGGCAAUCCUUUCGGACAAAGGACGAAUUUAUUUGAGAAAGCAUCCACCAUGCCUUCUCCGGCAGUGCCCGCUGCUUCAACGCCUGCAAUUUCCGGAGGUUUCUUCCAACAGCCUCUUAAAGAAAAGAUGGAAAAUAAGGAGCAACCUAGCAUGGCGCUUCCCGUUCCGAAAGACCUCGACCAAGCGGCUGAACUCGAAAAGCAGAAACAGGAGAAACUUAAGCGAGAGGAAGAAGAGAAAAGAAGAAGGCAAGAGCAGCGUGAAGAGGAGCGCCGAAAGGCAAUCGAAAAGGCAAGUGCGGCGGAGUUGGAAAAGCUGCUCGAUGCCGUUGUGCAGGAGAUCGUUCCCGAUAUUGCAGAUACGGCGCUGACGCGACACAAGCGCCUGCAGCAAUAUCCACACGAGCUGUUCGACGAGCUGUCGGAUGAGAUACUGCGAAGCCUUCUGCCGACCAUUGCCAAACAGGAGAACGAGCGAAUGGAGCGCAUAAAAUCGGCCCGAGCAUGGAAGCUGAGCGUCAAGUACUUUCACCGCUGGCACCGACACGCCCAAAGUGCGGCCCGAUGGCGUCGGUUGAUGCGAACCGUACCACCGUCGUUUGUGAAUGGAUCGAUUGGGAUCGAUCAGCUGCCACGCUGCGAUCGAUUGCGACCAUUUUUAAAUGCUCGCUUUACGGCGGGCACGAAACGGAGCGCGGAUGAGGUGUUGCAGGAUCGAUCGGUCCGGCGCGAAGUGUUUCUGUUUGAUGCUUUUCCCGAGCGACAGCUGAUCGAUCCGUUCGUGCAGCUGGAAGGUAUGAUUCAUCAGUUGCAGACACUCGCUCCAACGCGAUUGGUCGGGCUUGCGGGACCAAUAUGCUGGAAGCUGGUAAUAUCGGUACCGGCGGAAGGUGAGGAAGGAUCGGCCGGCUUUCCGAGCUUCGUACAUCGAUGGCUGAAGUGCUGCGCGUUCCGGAAGGACGAACGAAACAUGAAUCAUCCUUACUUCUAUCUGGCGGCAAGGGCACCACCUUCAAAGCAGCAUGUAAGACAGAGCGCGAACAGCGCAGCGGACGUGAGCAAGGAACAGCGAGCGAUCUGUAUGCGAUUACUCAAAGGAAAAUCGUUAGCAAGUGAGAAGGACACAGAAAGCUCCCGAGCGUGUAAGCUGAGUGAUGGGCUACUAUUUUUCCUGAGCGAUCGCUGUCAAGUGGAGGAAGCCCGCAAGCGGUUAACCAACAUCCUCGCCGAGUCGGGCAGUGAGGGGCCAAGCGUGGCAGUUAUGCUGUACAGUCCAAACAGUGCUGAUGCAGGCACCGUUUCGGUGGAUGAUCUAGAAAAACGAUUAGGAUUGGUUGUUGGAGUGGUGAAACGGUGGCGUGUGUUUGUUUGGAGUAAGGUAACCGAUAACGACACCCUGCGAGAGGCAAUCACCUACCUUACGAACUGUUAUCGAGCGAAUCUCCAGUUCGACUCUCCGCGUCAUUUGGAGCGGUUAGAGAUGCGCCCCCUGACGGACUUCCUGGAGUGCUGCGUUGGUUCGGAGCUGUGGUUCCGGCUGGAUAAAGCUUGCCGGAAACCAGACGGCUACACGCUAGCCGGACAGAACGGGAAUGCAAUCGUCGAGCUGUACAACUCGAUCCUCAACAAGGUACAGUCGAUGGUCGACCAGGAUUUAACGCAAUUCGUGCAGCUUCCGGAAGAGUUCGACAAACUUCGAGAUGGUUCGGGUGGGACGAAAACGGGCAAAUUUUUACCACUCUCGGAAGCGUACUUCCCUCCAGAUUGGCACAGUUCCGAACGUCGGAAGCAAAUCGUACAGCUGCUUAAAUCGCUCGAGCUUCGUCCGCUACCCAGCAGUCUAUUGCAGGCGAUCGAUCAUGUCGCGCAGCAAGCAACCACCAAAGGUGUCGCAUCGGAUGUCACGCAACUUAGAACGGAACUGACCUGCUAUCUGUCGAGCUAUCGGGUGCCGCUGGAUGAAGAUGUUCACGACUUGAGCACACUAACGCAACGAGUCGUUCAGGGCAUUGUUUCGCAGCUGGCAGGAUAUGUGCACGAGGCGGAAACACGACCAACGGGACAGAGUGUUCGCCACUGCUAUUGGAUACCGAUACUAGCGUUAGUUUCCGAGACGAUUCUGCGUGCCGUGCUAUCGAGCAGAUCACCACCGCUGGAAGUGUGUUAUCGAAGGAAUGAGUUCCUGCAGCACACCGAGACGGAUUGGUGGAAGGACCAACUGCAUCAAGUACAGCAACAAGCGCAAAAAACGUAUGAAGAAUCGCAAGCCAACGCUACUAGCUUUUCGGAUCAAUCCCGUCGAUCGAGCUUCACCACCACGACCACCUCGGACCGUAAGCGUACGCAUAAGGAGCUUUCGCAGCACAAUGACAGCUGCAUUAGUAUAGGUGACAGCAUCACAAGCUACAGUGACAGUAGCAGCUUUAGUGACAGUGUCCGCAGUGAUGGCGGCAAGAAACGGACCAAGCUAGUGAACGGUGUACCGUACAGUCAGGACAUUGUCGACGAUGUGAUUGCGCAGGGUAUGCGAGCGUUGGCCAGAGCCGAACAGAUGCUUAGCCAACGGCAGAAGACCACCUCCGAGCUGCAGCACGUGUUUAAUCCACUGGAGCAGACCAUACUGGAUGUGGAGAAAUCGUGCAGGACGCUGCAGUACCAGCACGGGAAGGGUUCGUCCAAGUGACUGUAUGAGCUGGACGAAUGACGUAGGCUUUACGGAAACAAAGGGUAAAGAUACAGCCUGAUGUCUUCAUAGUGGGUAUUGUGUACAGCGGGAGAGGGAUUUAACGGAACUUCAUCUGAGUCGGAGGACCGUCAGAUACUAGCUACGAUUGUAUAAUAUAAGAUUAAAACAAAAAACUUGUUGCCGGUUUUUUUACAAGACAAUUGAGUGUGGUAAGGGAACUCUAGGAUUAAAUUAGCUAGCGUCAACUCAUUAAUCAAGGACAAGGACUAUUUUAAUUGUGUAACUGUGGAACACUUGGUACGAGAACUCAUCAUUGGGCAUCAGUCAGAAAGUGAAACAAGAAGAAGAGAUACGUUUUGCUAAGACCCGGUCGCCGGUAAACGAGCCAUAAUGGAAAGAGGUAUCAAUGUUUUUUUUCGUUGCGCUACGUUAAGUAUUAAAUAAAUUCAACACGACAAGAUUGUAUUACACUUGCUGCAUACAGAA